UGUGAUAUGUGCUCAUUUUUACGAGGAACACCUGAAGGCAGCACCCAUUGCUAGAAGGUUAUAAACGAAACUUAACUUUUCUCGCCUGGCUCUUUUUUUUUUUAACCUGGUUUUCUGAAAUUAACCGCUGCGAUAUCAAGUGGGACUCAAACGUCAGAGUGUGUGGUGUGUGGACGUCAACUUUGCAGCUUACACCAUCAUGGCACAUUAUAGAGCUCCAGACCCCAAAAGGGAGCAGUUUCGGAGAUACUUGGAGAAAGCUGGUGUUGUUGACAGUCUCACCAGUGUACUCGUGGCUCUGUAUGAACAACCUGACAGGCCCAACAAUGCUCUGGAAUUUGUGAAACAGCAUCUCGGUGCCGCUGGCCAGACCUCAGCAGACACUGAGGCUCUGCAGCAGGAGGUGAUAGACCUGAGACAGAGGUGUGCACGACUGACGGAGGAAAACAAAGAGCUCAAAACAAAGCUGCAGCGCCAUGAAACCGUAUCAGAAAAUGGAGCCACGGCUGAGUAAACCACAGCAGAGCUUUGGUUUGAUAAAUUUUUUGUUUUUGUUUGUUUUGUUGUUGAUAUUACUGGCACUUUUGAAAUUGGAGACAAGAUAACACUUCAUUGAAAGCCAAGAAUUUUUGUAUAGCUGUGCUGUUCUUUUGUAAACCUUAGUUUCUACUUUGUUUCUUAGAAUCUAACUUAUUAUGUACGUGUGUGUAUAUAAGUUUUUGUCUUGUUUAUUCAAUCUUUACUCUAGCUUUACUGAUAAAGUACACUACGUAAGACUGGACAUGUCACUUCUUAAGACAUGAGACAUAUCUUUUUCUUUUUUUUUUUUUUUUUUUUUCAAUGGGGUUCAAUGGAAAGUAUUUGUCUAUACUGCUGAUGAUAAUUUUAUUUUCCUGGCAUUGUGAUAAACAUGCAUCUGUUGUCCAGAUCCACAUGACAUAGAGUGCAAUUAAGACACACUUACACUGUACUUCAAAAGGUCUGGUGUAAGUGAACAGUUGUAAAAAGCUCAAAAAUGUAUAUCACAUGUAAAAUAAAGCACAGUAUUGUAAUUAA